AUGGGAAGUUUUAAGGUUACGAUUUUGUUGCUUUGGGUCCUGUUUACCUCUUGUAGCCAAAAGCUCGAAUUCAAAGUUGAAGCAAAAACAUUAUCAUUACCUUCAGAAAGAGAAAUAGAAGCCAAAUUGAAGAUCCUCAAUAAGCCUGCUCUAAAAACCAUUAAGAGUGAAGAUGGUGAUAUUAUUGAUUGUGUUGACAUCUAUAAACAACCUGCUUUCGACCAUCCUGCGUUAAAAGAUCACACUAUUCAGAAAAUACCUGAUUUCCUUCUAGAAUGGCAAAACUCAAGCUCUUCACAAGUGUUCCAGACAUGGCAAAAAAGUGGAAGUUGUCCAGAAGGAACUAUCCCCAUUCGUAGAAUUCGAAAAGAGGAUUUACUAAGAGCAGGUUCUCUGGACCUCUUUGGGCGAAAACCACCAAUACAUUUCAUGAAUUCAACAAACACCAUAAACUCUAAUUCUCACAAAGCCAAUGGUUCUAACGCAUACGUUCCAGAAAAUCGUUCGAAAUCAAGUCUUAUAACAGUGGGAUACAAUUAUAUAGGUGCAGAAGCAAAUAUUAACGUUUGGAAUCCAAGGGUUGAUUUGCCGAAUGACUUCACCACUGCUCAAAUAUGGCUUAAGGCUGGAAAUGGUCCUCAAUUUUUUCAAAGCGUCGAAGUAGGCUGGAUGGUGAAUCCAAAAUUGUAUGGUGAUAGAGCCACUCGAUUGUUUGCAUAUUGGACUACGGAUUCAUACAAGUCAACAGGAUGCUUUGAUGUUACUUGCUCAGGGUUUGUGCAUACAGGCCAAGUAGCACUUGGUAGUGCCAUAACACCUAUUUCGACCCCAUACGGCACACAAUAUGAAAUCAAUGUUGGAAUCUUCUGGGAUCAAUCAGGUAAUUGGUGGUUUAGAGUAGGCCACAAUAACCCUGUUGGUUAUUGGCCUGCGAAAUUAUUUAAGCCAGAUGGGUUGAGUCACAGUGCCACAUCAGUUGAGUGGGGUGGACAAGUGUACAGCCCGAUGGUGAAGAAAAGACCCCACACAAGAACCGCCAUGGGUAGUGGAGAUAGUAUAGACAGUCGUUGGGGUACCGGAUGCUUCAUGCGCAAUCUGAGAAUUAAGGAUUACUCGCAACAACUUAAGUACCCUGAAAGUGUAAGUACAAGGGCUGAAGAAGAGUAUUGCUACAAUGUCUUCAAUGAGGCUAAAUAUGGACAAGAACCUACCUUAUUUUUUGGAGGACCAGGACAAGCACCUCCUUAUUGUCCUUGAAUUUCCAUAAAAUAAAGUUACAUAGAAAAACGCUUUUGACUAAAUAUAUAAU